UCGACCGGUUGUUUUCUAUCCCCCGUCUUUUUUGUAAAAAAAAAAAAAAAAAGACUUUUAGCGCCUCAUUACCACUCUCUCCCAACGAGCGUACGAAGCCAGUGCCACCUUACCUUCCCUUCAUUUAAUAUCUUUUUUCGUACGUGCAAUCUACUUGUCCUUCGCAUAUCUUUACACUUGCGCGCAUCUGCUUCAUUAUCGGUUGCAACUUGAAAACGACGAACGGCGACGAGGAAGAAGAAGCAAGCAGCAGUAGCACCAGGAGGAGGAGGAGAAGGGGGGAUGAGGAAGAAGAAGGAGAAGGAGAAGCAGUAAGCAGCAGCCUCGACAGGAGAAGGAGAAGAGGAGGAAGAAGAAGCAGCAGCAAACAGAAGCAGCAUCAGCAUGAGGAGAAGAAGAGGAGGAGGAGGAAGAUGAAGCAAGCAGAAGCAGCACCAGCAGGAGGAGGAGGAGAAGAAGAAGAAGAAGAAGAAGAAGAAGAAGAAGAAGAACCAUCACCAGCAGGAGGAGGAAGAAGAAGAAGAAGAAGAAGAGGAAGAACCAUCACCAGCAGGAGGAAGAAGAAGAAGAAGAAGAAGCAAAAGCAAAUCAUGACCAGCAGGAGGACAAGAAGAAGAAGAAGAAGGACCGUGACAAGCAGUGACCAUAGCUAACCUUUGGUUCACACUUCGACAGAAUGUCAAGACACUUCGGCGCACACCACACUCAGCAAUGCGCACGUUCCCCGAAGAAGAAUAAGAAGGGGCAAGAGGAAGAAGGGAGGAGAGGACGAUGGAAGGAGAGGGUAUGAUUGGUUCUGAGCGGGUGUUUCCAUAUGUACCAGAAGAUGGGACAGUUGAGUGGGCUGUCAUGGGUGAUCGUGUCAUAAACAGAAGAAAGGAGAAGGGAAAGAUGAAGUGGUGGAAGAGGAAGAACAUGGGAAAGUGACAUUGAGAGCUCUGGGCGUUGGGAGGAUGGGAGGACUACCAUCGGUCUCGAUGUAUGCUGGGCGGUCUGGAUUGGCUGCGUGAGGAAUACAACCAACCUCCUCGUGUGUGUGUGAAAACGCCAGUGAAGUGGUGUGCGUGACAUGUAGAGCUCUGUUUCCCACACCCGUCAUUCCUGGAACAGACACCUCAAUAACCCGGGUACAAAGAUGCGGCGGCAAUGAAAUAGACUAAGUAGCUGUAGUGGACCGAGCUCAUCUGACAGCUAUCCCCUCCUUUAUUCCCCUCUCUGCUUUUCUUCUUCUUCUUCUUCUUCUUCUUCUUCUUCUUCUUCUUCUUCUCUCUCUCUCUCUCUCGCUCUCUCUCUCUCUCUCUGCGUUUCGAAGAAGUCGGAAGAACUGGCCUAACCUUUCCAAUUUUUUGCUGUUUUUGUGAGUCCGAGCGAGUUAUGAUAACGGAAGAGGCAAAACCCGACGUAACGUAACGUAACGUGACGGGUGCGGUGGCUUCCGUAAGAACAGUAGGGAUUACCGCUAAGAGUCGAACCGUUAACCUAUCGUUGUUUUCCAUGUCCGGUCUCCAACGGACGUACGGACGUACGGACGUACGUACGUACGGACGGACGGACUUUGAUCCUCCAUAAUGGAGAAACUGUUUUGACCAUCGUCAAUAGGAAAAACGAAUCCUACUUCGACUGCGCUGUAGACGUAAUUGCGGUCAGAUGCAUCGAGCGGAGGCCGGAAUUGCAGUCUGAUGCAUUUUAAGAAAUCAUACAAUGAUGAUGAUGAUGAUGAUGAUGAUGAUGACGAUCAGGGGUGCAUAGUGGAUGGCGCGUCGGACAUGAUAGGGAUGGAUGCAGAACAGAGGUGGACGGCAGGCAGGUUGGAUGGAGAGAGUAGCGUUCAACAUCUUCGGGCGCUUGAAGUUCUAGGGAAAAGCAUCUUUGGGCGCUUGAAGUUCUAGGGAUAAACAUCUUCUGGCGCUUGAAGUUCUAGGGAAAGUAAGUUGUGAUAGUCUUUUAGAUGGUGUGAUGAAAGGAGGGAUGGACGGAGGACAAGGAGAAAGGGUUACGUUAUCUCUUCUGGAAUGUGGAGCAUGACAUUCUCGAGAAAGAAAUAAUCUUUUGCAUGGAGGGAUGAAUAUGCAUGGAUGGAUGGAUGGAUGGAUGGAUGGAUGGAUGGGAAAAAGCAUGGAUGCAUUGAGGACAUCGGUGGACGGAAGGGUGGAUUGACAAAGUGUUACGAUAUAUCUUCUGGCGCUUGAAGUUCUAGAGAAUAAUCCUGUGAUAAUCUUCGAUGGAUGGAUGGAUGGAUGGAUGGAUGGAGGGAGGGAGGGAGGGAGGGAGGGAGGGCUCGAAUGUUCCACGGACGCAGAGAUUGUGUAUGGUGUCAUCUGGCCGUUAGAAUUACAGAGAAAGAACCGUUGCUAUUUUUGGAAGGAUGGAAGGAUGGAAGGAAGGAACCUGUGCUAUUUUUGGAUGGAUGGAAGGCUGGAAGGAUGGAAGGAUGGAACCCGUUUUAUUUUUAGAUGGAUGGGAGGAUGGAAGGAUGGAAGGAUGGAACGCGUGCUAUUUUUAGAUGGAUGGAAGGAUGGAAUACACGGCAUGAUGUGUCCUUUGGUGGCGUGUGUUGGCGUUGCGAAGCGAGCCUGGUGGGUCGCUACAGGCCAAAGCUUGGAUAUAUGGCUGGCUGCCUGGCUGGCUGGAUGGAAAACAUGCGCGGACAGUUUGCAUGGAUGGAGAUUCUGUAUGUUUUCAGCUGGCUGGCACUUGGGAGUUACAGAGAACGAAACUGGGCUGUGUGCUAUUUUUAGAUGUUCGGUGGCUGUACGGAUUGAUUACGGCAUGAUGUUCGGUGCUGGUCUGUGCUGCCGUGCCCAGGCGAGUUGGGUUGAUCGCUUCCCCACGACACUUUCUGACCGUCAGAUCGCCUGAUCGAUGAUGACUAGAUGACGUCAGAUCAUGAUCCCUCGCGUACUAACCAUUGCUCGGACGGUCCUGUGGCUAUUUGGGCAGCGAAGCACCUCUCUCUCUCAAGGAACGAUUCCGUCCUUGAUCGUCCGAAUCCUUGAUCGUCCGAAUCCUUGAUCGUUCAACGGAAACCGUUGAUCGUCCGAAAUCUUGAUCGUUCAACGGAAACCGUUGAUCGUCCGAAUUCUUGAACGUCGGGAGCGAAGCGCCUCUCAAGGAAGGAUAUCCGACGUGGCAGUGCCUGUGAUUACAUUCAUCAUUGAUCGGACUCAAGUGUGCUGCAGCGCGUGCCCAGGCGAGUCGGAUUGGUGGCUCCACGCCACUUUCUGAUCCACAGAUCGCAGUGCCCGUUAUUACAUUCAUCGUUGAUCGGACUCAAGUGUGCUGCAGCGCGUGCCCAGGCAAGUCGGAUUGGUGGCUCCACGACACUUUCUAAUCCACAGAUCGAGUGAUCGAUGACUGAAUGCUGAAUGACGUCAGAUCAUCGUUCGCGUACUAACCGUUGAUUGGACCAUGCUGUGUGGGUAUUUGGGAGAAGCACCUCUCAAGGGAGGUUUUGUGAAGCCACAUGUCAGCUUGCGGGAAGAGAAGAUAAUCUAAUAAUGAAAGAUAUUUACAGAG